AUGUUAUAUUGCCUAAAGAAGCAAAGCAAAAGCGACACGAAGUCUAAUUGUUUUAUGCUCGAUUGGCCUAGAGGACGAUCGUCAAAGAAAAGAAAGAAACUGAAGUCCCUAUUGGAUAAACGUGAAAAAACGUCGAGUUUAAAGGGAAUCGCAUGCCAUUUAGUGGAACCGAUACCUUACAGGAUUAAUACAAAAAUUAAUAAAGAGGAUAUUACCGAGGAGAAAAGAGAAGAGAAUUUUUAUUUGUAAGAGUAUUUAUAA